AUGGGCCGCGAGGACGACGAAGACGAUGCCAUCAUGCUGCAGGCCAAGCAGCAAAUCACCAACAACGUCAUCACUAAAAGAAAGGUUAUUCAUCAAAAAAAGACAAUCGAUUCGCGCCGGAAGUUUUCGUGCUUCUUUAUCAUGUACCUCGUUAUCUUUACCACCUCUUCGUUGCUCCGAAAGCUUCAUUUUACUCUUUUUGUGGCUUCUCGAAUCAUUUCCUUCUUUUUUUUGUCUUUGUGAAGGGUGGCCCUUUCAUGUUUUUCACCAUCCUUUCUGAUAGUGCUAUCAGCUGUAAUUUCACUCGUUUCGACGAAAAUAAUACUUUCGAAGAGCAUAAAGAAUUUUUCAAAAAAGAUGAGAAUACUCCAAUUAUUUCAUGAAAUAAGAGGCUUUUUUUGAAUUUUGCAAAAAUUAAAAAAACCAAAUAUGAAAAACAUUCGAAAUUUGAAGUUCGCGUUUUUUUAAAUUGUUUUACCAAAAAAAUACUGAAUAAACUUUCAAGAAAUGCUAUGUUGGUUUUUUUGAAAAUUGAAAUAUUUUGGAAGGACUUUGAAAGAUUUGAAUUUUUCCAAGUUUUGGAUUUACUCGAUUAGAUCUUUUUUUGCAAAGACCGAAAUUUUUUUGGCAUAGAAUCAAAUUUCAUACAUUGAAUUUUUUUAGAUAAAUAUUGAAAUUUUUUUGUUGAUCACGGAAAAGUUUGAAAGGAAAAACACUAAAUAUGUUUGUUAACUUUCUCGAAUUUUUUUCUGUGUAGUUAGGCUACCGAAAACUAUUUUUUCUUCUUUUCUUGGCAAAAUUAUUCCGGCGAAACGGCGCUUUUGCCGUCGGUUUUCAUCUUUUCCAGCCAAAUCGUGAAUCAUCCAAACGCGUUUUCAAAACGUUCGCCUUGCCUUGUUUUAAUUUCUCGUUUCUAGCUGGCGUUCAAAUGUUAACAAUGACUUGUUUUUUUUUCUCUUCCUUUCUCGUUUUUUUUCUCUAUAUGUUUUGAAGAGGCUGCGUGGAAUACGUAUUCGUUUUAUUUUUCACGCUGAACUAGUGAACUCUUCAUUUGAACCGAGAUUGGAGAUAAUUAAUUUUUUUUUAAGUAUAUUAGUUUUUUGAAAUGUUUUUAAAGGAAUAUAAACAAGGAUCAAGUUGAUUUGUUAUUAUUGUACUAUUGUGUUAACGGUUUUACAUAUUUCAUGUUGAAGUAUCCAAUAAUUAGCUGUUCUUUUUAUACUGAUAUUGCUAGUACUUUAUAAAAAUACAAUCAGUAUAUCAAUAGUUCAAGAUUAUUUGUGCUUUAAGUAGUUACGUUGUUCUGUUCUCGUUGAUGAAAGUUUUGUUCUCUCUCAAACAAUCGCUCAAAUUUUUUUCAAUGGGACAACUGUGCGGCUGAAAAAAAAAAUAUGACGCGGAUCAGCUCUUUGAAGAGUUCUUCGGGAUUUUCUUUUACGAUUUGAGCGAUUUUUCAGGAGCAAUUGCGGCGUUGGCAGAGCAGCGAAAUGAACGGCGAAUCGUCGCGGCGUAACAAAAAGCCUCGUGUUCAGUUUCAGGUUGGAAUUAUCUUUUAUUCACUCAAAAAUGGGAUUUUUUUCAGGACAGUGACAUUUUUCUGAGCGCUUGCAUGUCCGGCGACGAGGAAGAAGUGGAAGAAUUGCUUUCCAAAGGCGCCGACAUCAAUACCUGCACGAUCGACGGCCUCACUGCCCUUCACCAGGUUAUAUUCCCAAUUUCCCGAUUUUUCAAUGUUAUUGAACUCAGCUUCCUUCUUGUUUUUCGGGUCCGAAAGUUGAGUUUCUAAAUUUGUCUAAUGGUAGUUUAUGUUUUGAAUUUGGAGACGUUCUAAGAAUUGCACUUUACAACUUUUGAAUGAACCCAGAAGUUGAGUUUCAAAGUGUUAUUUAAAAAAGAAAGCCGUUUUUUUUUUUUGCUUCAACAUUAUUCGCUUAUUACUUUUUUCUAGCUGUUUUAGGGCUCUGCCGGUCUCUCCUGUUUUUUAUCGAUUGUUUUUUUUUCUUUGUGUGAUGUUUUGUUUUUACAUUUCUCUUUUGCUCAAUUUGAUAUUUCCUUCACCAUAAUUGGACUUUAGAUAGGCUCGGCUUGUAAGCGAAUUGGCAGAAAAAUCCGAAAGAAUCGAUUAUCAAAUUAAGUAUUUCCAUUCAUUCAGCUCUCUGUAUUUUCAAAAAAGUUUUUAUUUUUAUCGCUUAAUGCAAUUAGGUAACUCAUGAUUUACAGUCAGUGAUUGAUUCGAAGCCGGAUAUGGUGAGGUUUCUGUGCGAAAAAGGCGCGGAUCUGAACGCGCAGGACAACGAAGGCUGGACGCCGUUGCACGCGGCCGCCUGCUGCGGAAACGUCUCGAUUGUGCAGUACCUCUGCCAGAAAGGAGCCGACCUCACCAUCGUCAACAGGUCUCCUCUCAAACAAUCUCAAUAAAUUUUCCCGAUUUAUAAUAUUUGAAAAAUUUGUCGUGAUAACUGCGUACUCCGGAAAAAGUGAAAUGAACGUUUUCAGUGACAAGGAGCUGCCGCUGGACCUGGCGGACGACGAGCAGUGUCGUGACACCCUCGAGAAGAACUACGAGAGGCAGAAAAUCGACGUCGAGGCUUGUCGCGACCGAGAACUCGCCACGAUGAUGCACGACGUCCAGACGUGGAUCAACGUCGGCGAGUACCGGUUCGUUUUGCGCUUUUUCUUGUUUUCAAAACUCACUUGAUUUGAAAAAAAUGUACAGAGUCUAGAUAUUUUCUGAAACGAACCGUUUUCGAUGACUUAGAACAGUCAGUUCUUUAACUUUCUGAAAGAGUGCGAGUCCAAAAAAAAGUCUUUUGUUAAUGUUUCUCGCGCUGUUUCACGAGAAAAUUCGUUGAUACGCAUGUACGUUUUUUUUUUUAGUUAUCUGCUCAUUAAGUGUAAUUGUUGAUGAUAAAAUUAGAAAUUUGGAAUACUCAUAAUAAAAGGGGGAAAUGACCUCCUAGAAAAAAGUUCCAAAAAAAAAGGCGUCCACAUAUUAACUAGAUGGAGAAAGUGAUGUGCACCAAUUAAUAGUGUCGUUUGGACCAUCAUUGUUGUUUUUUUUUGUCGUUGUAAAUGAGUUUUCGACGCGGGGUAAUUGGAGAAAAUGAAGGGUUUCGGUUUUCAGAGACGUUCCGCACGUGCGAACAGGUGGCACGGCGAUGCACGUCGCGGCGGCUCGCGGCUACACUCAACUGCUCGAGCUGCUCGUCAAGGCCGGCGGCAACGUUCAUGCCCGCGACAAGGUUUCGAAACAUCGGAUUCGGUGUUUUUGAAAAGGAUAAAGGCGGAAAACAAACAUUUGCCCUAGUUUUGACGUCUGGAGCUUUCUUUCUUGAAAAUGAAGCCGUCAAAAAUUAAAAAGUAACAAACGGCGCCUAUUUCAUGAACAAUAUUUUUUCAACUUGUUCGAAAAACAGUAUGCAUUUUCACAAACCUAGACAUUUUUUAGAUUUAUUUGAAAAAAGUAGUUUUUUUUUUCGCAAUCUUGAUAAACUUAUUUUUGACACAAUCUGUUCCAAUUCCAAAAUUUUUUACACAGAUGCAUAAUAAUGAGACCUGUGACCUCAAAAAGAAUGUAGGUUGACUGCACAGGGCCGCUUGUGUGCCUCCGUACACGCUAUGAAAGGAACAUCAUAUUUUAUUUUUGAGUGUGAAUUAUAUUUUUUGACUUCAGGAUGGAUGGACUCCUCUGCACGCGGCCGCCCAUUGGGCCGAACGAGACGCCUGCAAAAUUCUGAUUGAGAACAACGCCAGCGUCAGUGACGUCACUUUCGCGGUCAAUUUCCAUCCUUUCGGAAUAUUAUUCAAGAUUUGUUCUUCGACAAUAUUGAAACUGAAAAAAACUGAGAAUUUUCUAGAUAGCUAUCAAAAACAAUAAGGUUGUCAUGAAGGUAGUUCAACUUGUGCUUUUCAGAAUCAAGACGUUCUGGCCGUUGCCGACAAAGAAAUAGUCGAAUACUUGGAGGAACUCGCCGCAGCCCAAGCCAAAAACGACAGACGGAAAUCGCCGUCGGUCCCUGUUGCUGUACUUCAGGUUUUAUUCCUCAUUAUUCUUUCUCAAUUAUUUCUUUAGGAUAAAAAUCAUCGAUCUUCGUCGCAUGAGGAACAUAUCAUUUCCGCGGAGAAGAAGAAAGAAAUUCAGCACAAAGACCAGAUUAGGUUGGUUGUUUUUUUGAAUUUUUUUCCAAAAAUUUCUCUAAAAUUUUCAAGAAAAAAAUUCUCUUCUGACCUAUCAAUUUUGGCUCGAAUAGGUUUCCAACACAUGCCUCUUUUUUUCUCAAAUGUUUAUAUAAAAAUGUUUUAGGAACUGUGACACUGAGAAAUAGUGACUUUCAAACGAUAAAAAAAAAUAAUUGAAUCCGCAGCUAGCGAGAAAAAUGAAAACUUUGAGAACUUUGUAAAAUUUUAAAAAAUACAUCGUUUAACACCAAUUUUAGGAAAAUAAAAAGUGAAAGCCACAUGAAUGAAAUCCCUAUAAACUGCAUUUUACAGUGAAAACGAGAUUCUGCACAAGGCGCCUGCUCCGAAAAUGGCAGAGUUCAGCCCUUCAAGGGAAUCCAGUUCUUCGGCGACCACGGUCGAAAAGAAAAAAAUUGCGGAUAUCGAGAAAAGAUCUCCAUCAGAAAACAGCCGAUCUUCAGUGGAAAUCUCGCCUCUUCGUUCUUCCGUCGAAAAAAGUCCCUCCGUUCCAAGGUCUGUCCGGUUUUCUCUGGUGUACCUUGUUCAAGAUUUGGAUUUUCGAGUCGAUGAAAAAUAUAAAAAAGAUAAUCUGGACACCAAUAUCGAUUAAUUUCAGAUCAGUGGACCUGAGGUCAAGCGAACGGGAGAGCACGUCGCGCGAGUCUUCGCUGGAGACGCGAACGUCUGCGACAGCGUCGACGGCUUCUUCGGCGGCAGUCGACCGCUCGCCGACGUCUUCGCAGAACUCGCAACGCUCCGUCUCCCUUCCUCCUUCAGCUUCUCCAACAACCAACGAGUCGCGAUCCUCAGCAGUUCGUGUUUGCAACAUGAUUGAAGAUUUUUUUGGAAACACAAGCCUCAGUCUACCGAUUUUAUACUUAUCUUAUUUUCAAAAAGAUAUUUAUAUAUGUAUUGAAAUGUAUUGAAGCCCGACAACUACCUAUUUUGUUUGAGUUUUCCCGAUUGUUACCAUAGAACUCCUUCAAAUAAUAUCAGUCAUCUCAAUGCUAAAAACAAUUUUUUGGCAAUAAUAUGGCCCCUAAAAUUAAGCACAAACUACUAGUUUCGCAAAAGAACGUUUUGUAGAGGUUUUCUUUUGCGAUUAUUCCAGCAUCAAUAUGAUUUUACGAUACAUUUUUAUUAAGAUUUUUUAAAAACUAGACCGAAUCCUUCAGGAGUCGUCCUCGUUGCAAAGCGGAGACCAGGAAGUUUCGGCGACGCUACCCAUGGUUCCCCCGCCGCGAGCCCUCAAUCAAUCUGCCAGUUCUUGGAUCAACCGCGGCGUCCAACUCAUUUCCAGGUGACUCCGAGUUUCAACUAUCUUUUCUUUUGAUUGAGCCCGCUGCUUUUUCUAUCCGCUUUGCUUCCUGUCUGCCCAUUCAGGCGCUUUUUCGUGUCUGGCCAGUGAAUCUCCUUGUGUUCAGAAGCACUUCUUCGUCGAGAUCAGGCACCAGCUCUGCUUCUGGAUCCACGGAGCCGUCGUCGACGCCGCCGCCUUCUGCCACCGUGCAGCCCAUCGUGACUGCGAGCUCUGCGACCACGUCUUCGGUUCCUUCGUCGGCGACGCCUCCAGUCUCUGCGAAGCAGUCGCCGUCGCCGGCGGGUAGCGUCUCUGUCACGGCUACCUUCACUCGACCGCCGUGA